CAACACACAACAAAACAUAACAUAACGUUCGAAACUCCGAAUCUCCCUUUUUUUCUCUGCAUCUUUUCUUCUCACAAACGAUGUUCUGAGAACAAAAGCAAACAAAAAGUUCCUCAUCUUUUUCUCUCUCUCAUGGAGAGGUACACGCUACCCGUACAACCAAGAACUCACUCUAACAUCGUUCCUUGGUUGGAACCCCAAGUUGAAGAAGCUAAACACCACGACAAGGAAGAAGAGAUAGAAUUAGCCAUUGCCAUGGAUGCUCCUCUCACUUACUUCAAAUCCAUCAUGGAACCCGAACCUAUACCCCAACCCGUACCCGAACCUGAACCUGGUUGCUACAUCAACUCUGCUAUUAGUAGUAGCACUAAUAUUCCCUUUGUUUCAACAAAUCCAACAUCUGAUAACUUUCUCAUUCACCAACACAACAUCAACAUGGACUCAUUCUCUCUCAACCCACACUCUUUCUUCAACAACAACAACAACAACAACAACAACCCUUUUGAUACUGGCUUCGAUUUGGGUCCAGAAAGUGGGUUUUUCCUUGGGAACCAUUCCUCCAAUUCCCAUUUUUUGAUGGGUUUUCCUCAGACUCAGAUGGGUACCCUUGAACCCGAGUUUCACACGGGUAUGGAACUCGAACCCUUUGGUGGUUCCGGUUCUGGUUCUGGUUCUGGUUCUGGGAAUGCUAUGUUUUUGAACAAGGCUAAGGCUUUAAGGCCUCUUGAGGUGGCGCAAUCCACGCUCUUUCAGAAGCGUGCGGCGAAGAGGAGGAGAGGGGAAGAAUUGGAAGUUGAGGAAGGCAGUGUUGAUGUUGAUGCUUAUGAUUCUGAUGAUGUUAAUGAUAAUGGGAAUAAUGGGAACCCAGAUGAUGGCACUGUUAAUGUUGGUGGAGACCAGAAGGGGAAGAAGAAAGGGCUUCCUGCGAAAAAUCUUAUGGCUGAGAGGCGGCGUAGGAAGAAACUCAAUGAUAGGUUGUACAUGCUUAGGUCUGUUGUGCCAAAGAUUAGCAAGAUGGAUAGGGCUUCAAUACUUGGGGAUGCAGUUGACUAUUUGAAGGAGCUUCUGCAGAGGAUUAAUGAUCUUCAUAAUGAACUGGAGUCAACUCCACCUGGCUCAUUGGUGACACCUUCUACAAGCUUUUACCCUUUGACACCCACUCCACCAACCCUUCCCUGCCGGGUCAAGGAGGAACUAUAUCCUGGUGCCUUGCCAAGCCCUAAAAACCAAAAUGCAAAGGUGGAAGUUAGGGUAAGGGAAGGGAGAGCUGUCAACAUUCAUAUGUUUUGUACUCGCAGACCAGGUCUUUUGCUUUCCACCAUGAGGGCUUUGGAUAACCUCGGAUUGGAUGUUCAGCAGGCCGUUAUUAGCUGUUUCAAUGGCUUCGCUUUAGAUGUUUUCAGAGCUGAGCAACGCAUAGAAGGCCAGGAUGUUCCCCCUGAGCAAAUUAAAGCAGUGCUGUUGGAUUCAGCGGGCUUUCAUGGUAUGAUGUGAUUGAAGUGCUUUAUAAAUGCUACCCUUAUAGAUGUACUAAUUGUAGUUGCUGUAGCUUGCAGUUUGUAAAUGCAUUGCUUCUUGUUCCCAUUUGUAAAGGCCUGUACAGGCCAAGAUCAAAUAGGUUAGCUAAAUCUGUAGGUUGAGUUGUUAGCUAUGAUAUUUUUCUCAAUCUUGCUUUUGACAAGAGUGAACUUAUGUUGUUAAUUAUAAGU